AUGGUGGCGUUUUGUGUCAAACGAUAAAACAAUAUUUUAGUUUUAAUUUCGUUGUUUAUUUUAGUUAGAUUUGGUUUCGUUUCGUGUUUUACCUAUUUGUGUGUGCUUUAUUUCACCCAUGCUUCGUGUGUUCUGGUUAAUUUGAAUAUGGGUACAAGCACAAUGGGCAGCGAUUUGCAUUCCGAUAAGCAGGACAAACUGUUGAAGUUGCAAGCUAGGAAGAAGGAAUUGGAGCAGAUCCUAUCGGUGAAGAAUGAAGAGCUUUACAAGCUGUGCGUGCAGGAGGUGCAGCUGACGGGAGUGAUGCCGCCCGAGGCGCCGCUGAGCCCGGAGGUGCCUCAUCGCGAGCGGCUUGGCUCGGUGCGGAGCGCGGACCGCGGCGGCGGCGAGGGCGACGACGUGCGGGACGGCUCCGACACCGCCUCGCGCCGGCUGCGGCUCAACACCGACCGCCUCCACGACUCCGACCAAAACCUACGCAAAAACUACGCACACAGACUCUCCACGCCAUCCAUCUCUGGCAUAUCCACAAAGAGCUCACAUUCAAGGCAUAUGCGACGGCCAGAGACCAGUUGCUCCAACUUCUUCCCGUCCCCGCCUCAGGACAGGUCGACGGACACCUUUUCGAUUCACACGUCACACACUUACCCUGCCCUGGCUGGCCGUCAUGAUCCUUCCCCGGAAACAUCACAUGGUGAACCUCAACAGAAUGUGGUUUACCGGCAUCACACUAUGACCACUGACUACAUGAACAAAAUGUACUAUAAUAAUGGCCCUGAAGCUCACUCUGUUUCAAGAUUAAGAGAAACUCAUUUUAGUUCAAGUCAUCCCGACAUUGCUACCCACUAUACUCAUGGUAGUGUUGCACCACACCCGGCUCCGCAACAGAAUGGUGCCCGGAAUACUCCACUGCUGUACCAGUAUGCCUCUCAACUGAAAGCUCAGAGUCAGCACCUAGCGCUCCAUCAUCAAAUGCAAGCCCCACCAAAAAGGAGACCUGAGGGGGUCAGAAGAAAUACUCUACAAAGAACUCAAACAUAUCAUCUUACUUCACAUAGUGAUUAUAAUCAGCAUUUAGACAAUAUAACAGACAAUUACAAUAGAUAUCAACAGCCACUCUACCAACAUAGAUCACAGCCAGACAUUCAAGAACAACCUUCAGAUCAUGUUCAUGUCCCUACAGAGAGAACAGCCACUGUACCUAACACACUGCCAUUACGAGAACGUAACAGUGUUCGCAAUCCCAUGCACAUGCAACAGCUACAAGUAUCCACAGAUGACUAUGGACGAGACGACAGACGAGCCUACCCAGAUGCCAUGAGUCCUGUUAGCCAAAUGUCUGGUUACUCUCAGAGCAAUUUUGAUUCUGUCAGUUUGAACUCCAAAUUCUCGCCAAUAUCACAAUCAGACUUGAGACCUAAAGAAAAGCAGUGGUAUGAAACCUCCCUAGAUUCCCCAACAAAGUCUGAGGCACCAUUAUUGAAGAAGAGUUCUAGUUUGAAGCGUACAUCAAGUAUAGGUAACUCCCAGCCUUACGAGAUAAUGAUGUCAACUGGACGCAACUCAGCUUUGCAGAGUCCAAACCAAGUGCCACGAAGCCCCCCUGUGGUGUCACCAACCUCUGUGUCCAUGGACCUGCCUAUGUCCAAGAAUUUAACAGUCAUCGAACAGGGUAAAUGUAUACCUUAUAGAGAAGAAACUAAGCCAUUUGAAAUGUCUGAUUUCUACAAAUAUUCUACUAAAUUUAAGCAAGCCCAGAAGGUUGCCACUACAAACCCAGUUCCAAAUGUUGGGUCAGGAUAUAAUAAACUGCCGAUGCAGCUGCCCCAGUAUGCACAAGACCCAUGGCAUGGUCAGAGCCAUUAAUUAUAGCUAUUCCAGAUUUGAAAUAGCAGAAAAUAUUGUACCUAGCGCUUAGUUUUAUCCAACUAUCACCAGUUUUAUAAUUCGCUUAUAAUUUAUAUAAUUUAAUGCUUUAUGGUGAAAUUAGUUUUAAUUUGAAUUGAUGUAUGUUUAGUUUUAAUUGGUUUUAUAUAUUUUAUGUGAGAUCUCUUUUUCAUUGUACAAAACUUGGUAUGAUCAUCUAUAUGUUUCGUGAGGUUAUGAGUUGUCCAUUAAAAAUGUUUUAUUAAUGCAAGACUUAAUAUUCAAAUUAAUCAUUCUAAUUAAUACAAUUAUUACUGUGAUAACAUGUGCGAAAGUUGUUGAUCAAUGAAUUUAAAAUGAAGCGUCAUAGAUGUUGCUUACCAUUAUAAUUAUUAUAGUGAUUAAACAUAAAAUACAAAUUAAAUACAUUUAUAGAGUAUUCAACUUAUUGUACCUAAUUUUGUUCUGUCCAUAAAAUGUUUGUUAGUAUUUUCGUUUUACUAGUUAAGCCGAUGUAGACCCACCGCUGUAAAUGAAUUCUAACAAAAAAUAUUAUAUUUUAACUGAAAUCUUUUUAACUAAUAGCGACUCUCUUUUCUAUUACCAUAGAUAACUACUUACUCAUUAGUUUAUUACUAUAACUCAAAUUACUUUUGUAAUACACUUCCGAAAAAUCUUAUUUAGGUACCAACUUGUACCUAGGUUCUUUUUAUAACAUGACUGAUGUAUCGAUUUAACAAUAUUGCCUAUUAUCUACACUUGCCUAAGAUUACUUACUGCCUUUCUUUUUAUUAAUCAAAACGCUAAACUUGUCAAUCGGUACUUUAAUUAUUUAGAUUAGAAUUGUUAUGAUUGUAGAUUGUAGCAAUUAAAUUGCCUUAUGUGCUGCAAGGACUAAUAAAAUGAUGACAAAAUAUUUUUAUACAAUGAUUUAUUGUAAGUAUAAAUAAUUAUAGUGCUCAGUGCACAGUUUUAAUGUAUAAAUAAAUGAGUAAAUAUUUCCAA